AUGCCGGAAAAUAAAUGGUUAAAAUUUGACAAGCACCAGUUUCAACUACCCAUUCCAUAUAUAGUUUAUGCCGACUUCGAAUCCAUUUUAGUAAAGCAAGCUACCUGCCUACCGGAUCCUUCGAAGUCCUCAACCACCCCUGUAGCCAACCAUCUUCCUUGUGGAUACUGUUACGUGAUCGUGGGACCCGACUGUUCAUUUUAUCGGGAACCUCAAGUCUACAGAGGGAAAGACGCUGUCAACCACUUUCUAGAGGCUUUACUGGAAGAAGAAAGGAGUAUCUUUGAAAUUUUGAAAACUGUAAAGCCCAUGAUUUUCACGCAAGAAAAUCAGUGGGCCUAUGAAUCUGCCUCUGAAUGUCAUAUCUGUGAGAAGUCAUUGAAUGGAGAUAAGGUGCGGGACCAUUGCCAUCUUAACGGAGUCUACAGAGGAGCAGCUCAUAAUGGAUGCAACAUCAAUUUCAAAUUUGCAAAUUUUCUACCCGUGGUCUUUCAUAAUCUGAAGGGAUAUGAUUCUCACCUCCUGAUGCAAGCGGUGGGAAAAUUCAAAGACGAAGAGAUUAAGUGUAUUCCGCAGAAUUCAGAAAAAUUCAUCUCUGUUUCUUUGGGUCGUCUACGCUUCAUCGAUUCUCUACAAUUUCUGAAUGCUUCUUUAGACAAGCUCGCGGCUAAUUUGGAACCCCAACAAUUUCAACUGACAAGAACCUAUUUUCGGGAAAAAACAGAUCUGAUGCUUCGAAAAGGUGUCUACCCUUAUGAGUACUUAGACUCGUUUGAGCGAUUUGAUGAGCCGCACCUUCCACCUCUCUCUGCCUUCUACAGCCAUUUAACAGAGAGUGAUAUCAACGAUGAGGAUUACCAACAUGCGAACAGAGUCUGGGAAGAUUUCGGAUUACGUCAUCUAGGAGACUACCACGACCUCUAUGUAAAAAGUGAUGUUUUGCUUCUGGCGGAUAUUUUUCAAAACUUCAGACGACUAUGUCUUGAUUUUUACAAACUGGAUCCGGCACAUGUUUACACAGCACCUGGUCUGGCCUGGCAAGCUGCUCUACGCAUGACCGACGUCCAACUGGAGUUACUCACCGAUCCUGAUAUGUAUCUCUUUAUAGAAAAGGGCAUUCGAGGUGGCAUCGCUAUGAUUUCACAUCGCUUCAGCCAAGCCAAUAAUAAAUAUAUGGAAAAUUAUGACCCAACGAAGCCAUCAUCUUAUAUUAUGUAUUUGGAUGCCAAUAACCUUUACGGAUGGGCCAUGAGCCAAGCUUUACCAACCCAUGACUUCCGGUGGCAUGACGGACCUCUUAACUUCAUGGAGAUGGCUGACGAUGCGGAAGAAGGAUGUAUCCUUGAAGUUGAUCUGGAGUAUCCAAGGGAACUUCACGAUGAUCAUUCGGACUAUCCUCUUGCUCCCGAACAAGUCGUCGUGACUCCUGAUAUGUGGUCACCUUACACGCGAGACCUGGCAACUAAAUUCCAAAUCCCACCGAGCAGUUCUACCAAACUGGUGCCAAAUCUGCGACCUAAGCAUCGGUACGUGAUACAUUACCGAAAUCUGAAGCAAUAUGUUUCACUGGGGCUUCACGUGACCAAGAUCCAUCGAGUGCUGACGUUCAAACAAUCUCCUUGGCUUGCAACAUACAUUGAAUUCAACACUAGGCAACGUAAACUGGCUAAAUCUUCAUUCGAAAAAGAUUUGUUUAAACUCUUAAACAAUUCAGUUUUCGGAAAGACGAUGGAAAAUCUCAGAAAACGUACCUGCAUUGAUCUGGUUCAUCGAGAGAAACGAGCCAAGAAGUUAGUCGCUGCUCCAACAUUUCAUUCCUUCAAGAUCAUCACCGACGAUCUGGCAGCCAUUGAGCGACGGAAAACCAGCUUGGUUCUGAAUCGUCCUAUCUAUGUAGGCUUCAGCAUCUUGGAUUUAUCAAAAACGUUGAUGUAUCAAUUUCAUUAUGGAUAUAUCAAGAAAACAUAUGCAUCAAAGGCCCGUUUAUUAUUCAGACAGACACCGACAGUCUUUGUUACGAAAUAG